UAAAAAAAAGUUUGUUUUGAUUUUGUUUGCGUGUCUUGUUUAUAAAAAUAUGUUUACUUCACUUGCUCGCCUAAUUUAUAACAAACAUGAACUUUAUUUCAUGUGCUAAUUAUUAAGUACAGAUAAGUCCUGGAACGUCGGGCCUAACUUCUAAGCGGCCAUGGAAAGUACAGCAGCAAUCAUGGAGUGUCGACUAUGUCUGGAAGCGCUGACCGAACCCAAGUGGUCAAUCGAACAACCGGAACUUAGAGAACAACUGAACCAGGUGUUCCGUUUCACGGUCAAUCCUCAGUCCGGGUUUUCUUCCGAUAUCUGUAUCGUGUGUUUGACGAUGAUCGAGGAAUUCUACAUGUACUCGGAGCGAGUACGAUGCAACCAGGACAAACUCAUUGCUCGGCUAAAAGACCUACCAGUUAACUCGAUCAAGUCUGAAACACUGGAUGAGGAGUUGGAAGCAAAGGAGGAAUGCAUUGAGGAGUUCGGUGGUAACGACGAAUGUAAUGAUGACAACGUAGACAACGCUGAUUACACUUGUAUCGAUGAAGUCUUCGUCCAAUCACUUACAGUUGAAGUUAAGAAGGAGCCACAAGCUAAGCGAAGAACAAGAUCUCUUCAGAAGUUGACAGAAACUAAUGAUAAAGGGGAAACAAACAAAGAGAAACGACAAAAGCGGACCUCGGUACGAAAAAGCACGAAUGAACUGAAAGUCGAAAAAGAAGAGGUCGAAGGUGAAAUCAAAGCAACGAAAGAGGAGAUUCCAGAGCAAAGUAGCACCGAUGAAGACAAUUCAACGGAAGACGACGGCGAAUAUCAGCCCGAACGGAAGAAACAAAGGACGCGACGAAAGAAAUCCGACGACUCCACCGCACAGAAGAAACACCAGAAAGGCGAAACAUCAAGCAAGGAACAACGGAAACAAGACGACAUACGCAUACAAGAAUUCUACGAAAUGGUUUGCGAUAUCUGUGGUGACAGGACGAAGGAUAUGUUCUCGCUGAGGAAACACUUCCGGGCGAAUCAUGACAUGGCAGCAUACAUCAAGUGCUGCAACAAGAAACUGAUGAGAAGGGGAACCAUGGUCGAUCACAUAUUGAUUCAUGUCGACCCAAAGAUGUACCGUUGCGAGCCUUGCGAUAAAACUUUUAAAGGCAAAAGAUACCUCCAGGAGCACAUGGAAAAUGUGCAUGGAAGCAUCGAGGAGCGCCCGUUCAAGUGUGAGAAAUGCGACCGAUAUUUCGCCAAAGAGUCGUUUCUCAAAACGCAUAUCUCCAACCACAGGAAAGUGCACUGUUCUCAGUGUAACCAGGAGUUCCCAAAUUCACGUUUCCUGAACGAACACCUGAAAACGGUUCACGAUAACGCACAUUUGACUAGGGUUUGCGAUCGCUGCGGGAAGUCGUUUUCAGGACCAAGCGCUCGCAGUGGCCUCAAGCAGCACAUCGAAGGGGUACAUUUGAAGCUGGGUGACAAAACGAAACACCAGUGCCCCCUUUGUCAAAAGUGGCUGCUGGGAAAGCGAUGUUUGACGGUACAUAUGCAACUUCACAGCGAGGUAGGCCUGCCGCAUAUCUGUAACAUUUGCAACCAAAACUAUCCUCAUUCGAGGGCAUUGACGCGGCACAAGCGCUUCGUGCACGGAGAGCAGAAAUAUGAGUGCGAAUUUUGCGGCAAGAAGUUUAGGAAAUCGGUGGCUUUGAAGGAACAUCGAGCAACCCACACUGGAGAAGCGCUAUAUACGUGUAAAAUAUGUGGCUCCACGACAAACUCCAACGCAAGUUACUAUUCGCACAUGAAGAAGCAACACCCUGUCGAAUGGGCGGAGCAGAAGCUGAAGGCUGAAGAAGCGACUCGACCGGCAACAACGGAGCCAGCUGUGACUUUAAGUGUUUGAAGACACACGCGUAGUACUAGAUUUUGCUUCAUGCAAUAUUUUUUUAGCGCAAGUGAUUCCGAUUCAUCAUGAGCUCUAAAUAAGACAUUCGCAUAAUAAAGUUUCAUUCAAUGAAGGGUAAAGUUA